GAAGGCUGGACAACAUGGUGAAGAAACAACGUGGGAAAAGCGCCUCUUCGCAGAAAAAGGCUGACAACAAAAAAGUAGCUGAUAAUUUUAAGUUGGCCAUAGAGUCUAGCGAUGAAGACGCACCAGAGGAAGUGACCUUUGAGGAGUCGAAGGCUCAGGCUUUUGAGAGCCUGAAACAGGCGGUGGCAUCGGCCAGAAGAGAGAAGGAGCUGCUGAGGGAGAAGAGGAGGAAGAGACAGGAGUUUUUCCAGGAGCAGAAGAAAAGGAAGUUCCUGCCAGCUGAUGUGUUGGAGAAAAUUGACUCGACGCCUUUAGAGGAACAGAAAAGGUCUGAGGAUGAAGCUGAAGAGGUUCCAGAAAAUGAUGAUGGUGAUAAUGAAGAAGGAGGAAGUGCAAAGAGGAAGAAGGGGAAACUCUCAGGUGUUAGAAGCCUGAAGGGAAACUACACGGUUACCACGGUGAAGGAGCAAGAAGCGGCCAACUUCCAACGACAGGUGGCCGAGGAUUUUAUCCGCUCCAGAUUGUACGGAGCGGGAAGCUGCAGGAGCACCAGUAAUGAGCUGCUGUCCCUCCAGAACAAGAGGGGCCCAAACAAGAGUGCAGCUGUGCAGUUUGUUAAAAAAGGCUGGGCCUGUAAGGAGAAGGCCAAAGCUGAGAAGCUGAACAAGAGGUGGAUCCAGACGCAGCAGGUUCCCUCCAGCUGACCACCGCAUCAGGAUGCUACGCAGUCCUCCUAACGUAACGGCAGCCUGAGGGCAUCGCAUUACUCUGCUAAAUGUUCCAGAAGACGUAAAUCAUGGCCGACAUGGAGAAAGAAGCCGUUGGAGCUUCAAGAGGUUUUGGACUGAAGGACAGAGCUGAAAACUGAAGAUUCAAAAAAACAAAAAAAAACCUUUCAAAGCGAGAAAACAUCUUGAAUGGACUCAUAAGCUCACCUUCCUUUCAGGUUUUAUAAAAGUAGCAGCAUCUCUUUAUGUACAAAUUACAUUUUUUUUGGUACUGUUAUGCAACUUAUGUAUAUAUUUUUUUCCCAAAUAAAAAUGUUAACAUAUUCUAGCUCCAGUAAAAAAAAAAAAAAUGUUUUAUUUGGAUCUUAAUUUCUGAUUUAUAAACUCGCAGAAAUCAUGUUGAACCAAAAUCUCUACCAUUACCACUAGGGGGCAUCAGUGGUCAGAACAAUUGGCUGAUGCAUCCAAAUUGUUAAAUAUAUCAGUGAUGUGUAGUUAAUAUUUGUACUCCUUUAAUAAAGGAAAUAUGGAAGAAUGCAAAGGAGAAUCA